CUGACCUCAUCCACCAAGCACAAGACUUAGACUUCAGACGAACAUUGAAACAACACUCAAGACAUUGAGUCGAGUAACAUAGAUUUGAGAGAAAGGCUAUAACCCUUUUAUUCGCAUAAAUUCUACUUCUGCAGAACUUCAAGUGCAUAAACAAUUACGUAUCCGCCCUCCGAUUGAUAUAGAACCAUGUCUGAUGACGAGGAUAUCCCGACUCUUCUCGACCAUUCAGAGGAUAAUUCCAAGCGAGAAGACGGACGUGUGCCAUGUACACUGAUUUCGGGCUUCCUUGGAGCAGGGAAGAGUACGCUACUCAAGAGAAUCCUGACAGAACGUCAUGGAUACCGAAUAGCUGUUAUUAUGAACGAGUUUGCGGACACUGCUGAUAUAGAAUCUAGAGCAAUUAAUAUCUCAUCACAAGGGAGUCCAGGAGACUUAUCAGAAGAAUUCCUUGAAUUACCGAAUGGGUGUUUAUGCUGUAGCAUCAAAGAUACAGGACUUGCGGCUAUUGAGAAACUCAUGGAGAAGAAGGGUGCAUUUGAUUACAUCUUGUUGGAGACGACUGGUUUGGCUGACCCAGGUCCAAUCGCUGCUAUGUUUUGGCUAAACGAAGAAUACGUGUCUGAUCUCGGUCGUGAUAUUUACUUGGAUGGCGUCGUAUGCGUCGUAGACGCGGUCUUUGGAGAGAAGCAAAUUGACGAGGACGAGUCAUCGGACAACAAUGGAACUAGCCUGCGUCAGAUCGCCGCUGCAGACGUCGUACUGUUAAACAAAACAGAUAUUGCUGAAAGGGACGUCGUCACUCGGUUAGACAACAGAAUACGCAGUAUAAACCCCACCGCGGCAGUCUACCACACUGUGCUUGCUCAGAUAGACCUCAAAUACGUCAUUGGGAUUGGUGCUUAUUCUGCGAAACCGCCCUCCUUGGCGAACGAUAUCCCGGAAACACAUACCCAUGAUGAGAACUGUGAAGAUGGUCAUGGCCAUUCCCAGGCACACCACCAGGAUAUUACGAGCAUGCAAGUUCGCUGUUCUCACCUGUCAUCUGUGCAAAUCCAGAGACUCGACGAAUGGAUCCGUACCGUGUUAUGGGAGGGUAGACUUCCGGAGGACUCUCCGAAAGACGAGAAGCAUGAGCUUGAAGUUCUACGCUGCAAGGGGACGUUUGCCUCGCAGAGUGGUGAACAGUAUGUGUUGCAAGGUGUGAGGAGCUUGUACGAGAUUACGAAGGUGGAGGAAGGCUCAAGUAUGGGCGUACCGGAAGAGGGAAAGCUAGUCUUCAUUGGAAAAGGAUUAGAUAGUAGAGUGAAAGAUAGCUUGUCGACAGUUUUGGGGUUGACAUAGAUGGCAAACACAACUUGUUACCUAACUAAUCACACAACAAAGAAGUCGCUGAUACCACAUUUUGGCAGGUCACUAUUCUAUCGUACCUUUCUUUCGCCAUAGCUACUUAAUACGUUUGUACCCCAAAGUUGCUUCCAAAUUAGGAGAAGUAACUACUAAUUUCUACAGAUUACUCAAGCUCUC